AUGGACGAGUGGGGGAUCGCAGCGCUGGAGGCAGAAGCAACAGCAACCGCUGCCGACCUCGAUCGGGUGCUUCGCGAGUGGGCCGAGGCUGCAGAUGUUGCCGCAAAUGACACCAUCAUGGACGAAUGGAGCCUGGCCGCUGCUGCCGCGAGUGGUGACUGCCCCAAUGAACCCUCUGCUUCAGGCGCUGGCAAUUCAGAGCUGCAAGGGCCAUGCGACCUGCUGCAAUGUACUUCUGGGACGGCUUUUCGGCAGUUUGCCAAAAGCGUCAAGAACAUCGACGAUGCCGUUACCUACGCUGGAAUGGCUUGCCACUUCUUGCAUGACGAAGAUGCUUAUAGAGCGCACGUGAACUGCCCCGACGAGGUAGAGGAGAUUCUCGCUCGCAUCAUGGACCCACAUGGGUUCAAGAGGUUGUCGUCUCAAAGCGUUGAUGCAGAUUCAUCUGGGAAAACUAGGCAUUACAUGGGAGCGGCGAAGUUGACCUUAUCCUGCGGUGUGUUCCUUGUCCAGAGGGGCCAGGCCAACGCGUUGGUCGAGAGGCUGGUCGCCUCGGCUCGUGGCAAUGGCUUUGAGCCCGCUGUAUUUCUUGAGAGACAUCGCGGCGACGAGACCCCAUUCGCCAAGGUGAGAGUUCAGACACGCAUUGGGGGCACAACCAUGGCCAGUGCAGCACCGCCAGAGCAAUUGGCAGACCAGGACGCGGAUGCCGAGGUGCCUCUGUGUCAGAAGCUUGAGGGGGCGAUGGUGGCGUACGCCGUGAACACCAAAGUCUACCAGAACGAAUUGCUAUGCGGUGCCCUCUUCACGUCGACAUCUGGCUGCAAAGCAUUGUUGGCAUCGUUCGAGUUGCUGCAACCGUUGUCCUCUCUCGACAGGUGCAAAGCUGAGUGCUAUGUUGAGAUGUUUCGUUGCCUCUCCAACGUGCUGCCAUCUAGAUCGCAGUUCAGGCGAGUGCAGAGGUUGGCAAUUACCGACGGCGAUGGCGCGCUCGAUCUGGCAGAGCGGGUGUAUAGAUAUCGCAAUCGUGACGAGCUUGUCGGUACACUCCAUUUGAAGUGCCUUGUUCAUCGUGUGUACCACUGCAUCAAGAAGCCUUGGGUCACAGGUAUUAUCAGAUGGUCUUUGAGCUUGCGAGGUCCAAACUACUUCGUCGACUUCGUCACCAUCUUGUCCAAUUGGCUGCAGGAUAAGUUGAUCCUGCAGUGGAUCUGGACUUCGCCAACGUCAUGGCCGAUCUUCCAGCAGGUGACGGCCAGCCUGGUGACGAUGAUCGGGAGCGCGGUGCUGGCAGUGCAGCUGGCGAAGCAGGAGAUGAUGGCCGCGUACCGCGCCCUGGACGAGACGGAACGACGACGGUUAGAUGAGGUUGGGAAGGCAGCAGCUCAGGCGCAUCGGCUUGAUGGCCCUAGUUUCUCAGUGGACAAGUACGCCAGGAAACGAUUGCGACGUCAACGUGGCGAGGUCGGGGCCGAGUUGCGCCAGCUUGAGUUGGCACUGAAACAAGACAUCUCUGAGAAGGACGCCGUGGACCUGAAACCGUCAACAUCUAUGGCAUUGCCGAGUUCGGGGGAUUGGGACUCCAACUUGAAAGCUGUCAUCACGGGCGUUCGGGAAGAUAACAAGAGAGAUCGGCAGUUUGAGGAGAUCGUUGGCAACGAGUUGGCCACCUACUCAGCCAAGGAAUCGUCUACCAGAGACGCUGCCGACAAGUUCGCGUACGACGAUGUGGGGAAGGUUUCGGGUGAGUCCGCUUCACUGCCUGUGCCUGAUCUUGGAGUUCAGGGCCAGUGCGUGUUUCGGCACAUCGAGGGUAAGUUCGACUUGGUGUCCAAAGAUGCUUUGGCGUUGGCCAAGGUCAACAGGGAGACGCACUUCGGUCAGGGUUUAUAUGCAGUGGCCCAGUCUACAUGGGGCCAGCUCCACAAGCCGAUCUUGUUCCAGAAUGCACCAGCCUUCAGUCGAGAGGAGAAGAGAGCAGGCAGACACACAUUGUGCCAUAAGGCGAACAUGUGCCUUUGUGGUUUCGCUGGGCGGGCGACCGAGGUCAUGUUCAAACAGUUCAACGCUUGCAUCAAGGCCCUCACCAGACACGACAAGCAUCUCCGCCGAUCACUUCAUGAAUGCAACUUCGUCUAUUCAAUUACUGGCGUCGAGGUGACGUGCCCGCCAGAGCCAGAG